AUUGUUCGACUUCUUAAUUCUAAUGAAAUGAAGGUUCCUACCAUAGAUUUCUGCAAGUCAGAGCUAAAACCAGGUACUACACAAUGGGAUUCCACAAAAUCUCAAGUUUUUCAAGCUUUGCAAGAGUAUGGUUGUUUUGAAGCAAUAUAUGAUAAGCUUAGAAAUGAAACUUUAGAAGCCAUGUUUGGUAGAUCAAGAGAAAUCUUUGAAUUUCCAUGGGAGAUCAAAAUGAAAAACUUGUCAAAGAAAUUACCCUUCAAUGGCUACAUAGGGAAGCUACCAACAUUACCAUUCUAUGAGAGUGUAUGCAUUGAUGACUUGCUUCAACCUGAAACUUUUGCUAAUAUCUUCUGGCCUGAGGGAAAUCCUGAGUUUUGCAAUGUAGUAAAGUCCUACUCAAAGCCACUAGUGGAAUUGGAUGAGAUGGUGAAAAGGAUGGUUUUGGAGAGUCUAGGACUACAAAAUUACAUUGAUCAAUUCUUGGAUCUCACCACUUUCCAAUUGCGAUUAACCAAAUACAAUGCAGAUCAAGAUGACGAAAUUGGGAAUAAACCUGGAAUUGGUGACCAUACUGAUGGUAGCUUCUUGACCAUAAUAUCCCAAAAUAAAGUAAAUGGAUUGCAAAUUCUCAAGAAAAAUGGAGAGUGGAUUGAUGUUGAUAUUUCAUCGAAUUCGUUCGUUGUUCUGUCUGGGGAUUCCUUCGUGGCAUGGACAAAUGGUCGAUUGCAUUCUCCUCUCCAUAGGGUAACGAUGGCCGGAGAAAAUGAUAGGUUCUCCAUUCAGUUAUUUGCUGAUCCAAAAACAGAUUGCACCAUAAAGGCCCCAAAAGAACUCGUGGAUGAAGAACACCCUUUACUCUUCAAGCCAUAUGACAUGCUUGGUUAUUUUGAGUUUUUUGGUACAGAAGCUAGACGGGAAGCUGGCCCCAAUGUUCUCAAGGCUUAUUGUGGUGUAUGA